GUGGCGGUAAAAUCCUUGAGCGAGUGGUCGCACUGCUAUCGGCAAGUUAGACGCAUCGUCUGCGAAGCUUACUCAUGCUUUACGCAUAUACUGUCUGGAGUUCAAAAUAAGUCGAUUGAAGUAUCAUUCUUGGUGAAAACUUUGCUUUAGAAAUGUGUAGAGAAACAUAACUACAACAUGCAUAAAACUGAAACCAUUUGAAAUCAACGAUAAAGGAAAUCAUUCAUUCGAUUGAAAAGAUUUUGAUGCCCUUCGGUUGAACGUCUUAAAAGAGAGGAGUUGAUAUUUUAGAGAAAGAAUCGCUUUGUUGAGCCAGAUCGAGUGUCUUUGAAGAAAGGGAUAAUCAACAUGAGGAUUUGUAUAGUUAUCAUUCUACUACUUCUGUUUUCAUUUAAUUCACUGGAAGCAACGAAAGGAAACAAUUGGAGGAUGCUCCCUUAUCAUGACUACCACUCCGCUCAGGUGUACCUCGUAAACCACUACCUUGUGAAUGAUUCCAGGUAUUCCAAAUACGUUCGUCCCGUCAACACCGAAGACGCCAUUACUCACGUCACACUGAGCUUCCAUCUCGGUACUAUCAUAGACCUGGAUGAAUCAAGCCAAACAUUAACGGCUCACAUUGGCCUUUCAAUGAAUUGGGCUGAUAAAUAUCUCACGUGGGAUCCUAGAGAGUAUUAUGACGUAGAACAUCUCCGAAUGCCCUCAGACGAAGUGUGGAUACCCGACAUAACACUAGCAAAUAGCGCGGAGAGGGCACGUUUGAUGGAGUCGACAGUGGUGAGGAUCCAGCACGACGGGGAGGUCGAGUGGAGUGCUCUCAUCAUCGUGAAGACAUUCUGUAAGAUCGACUUCACCUUCUUCCCGUUCGACGAGCAGGAGUGCCUGAUGACCUUUCGACCUUGGACACAUCUUCACAACCACGUCCUCAUGCGUUCACAUGCCCCAGAGAAAACUGAUGAAGAUAACGGGGAAUGGAAGGUUGCCAAGAUCCAGACCGAAGCGACAAUGGAGUACCUCGACCACGGGAAUUUCAGCAAGAUCGACGUCACCAUCCACCUCGCCCGUCGACCCUUGUUCUAUAUCAUGAACAUGAUCAAUCCCUGUGUCAUCAUCUACGCACUGACACUGCUCAGCUUCUGCCUACCCGGCGAGUCGGGGGAGAAGAUUGCCUUGAAUGUGACCAUCCUUCUAUCUCUAACUGUCUUCAUGCUUCUCACAUCUGAGAUGAUGCCCCCUUCGGCCGACACCAUCCCGGUUAUUGCUCAAUUCUACGCAGCGACCAUCGUGCUUGUAUCCAUCUCAAUUUUGUUCGCUGUCAUCUCUCUCAAUUUCUUUCAUCGCCCCCCUGAUGCACACCGUGCCCCCCUCUGGCUCCGAAAGCUCUUCUUUAUCCACCUCACCCCUAUUCUCUACCCAUGGAGAAUGUCGUGUGCCAAGAAUGGUGAAGGGGCUGACCUUCGUCGUAUUAUGGAUUGCAACGGGGAUGUGGUAGGCCCGAUAAAGGUGGCUACCUACCAGUCACACCAGACCCCUUCUAGCCCGAAACUCCUGCCUGCCGCUACUCGACGUCUCGCUAAGCACCACGAGAGUUGCGGCAUCACUGAUACGAACUUUAACGGAUCAUCGGCCUACGCCAACGGACGUCCUCUGGACAACGUAAACGGAGUCGCUGCCAACCACGCCAACAACCCCGUCACCACUAUCACUUGCACAAGUUGCAAUGGCGCCAUCAAGCGGCAGCUUGGGAACAUAUCCGAAGACCUUCACUCAAUGAUUGAAGAUAGACAGAUGGAGGAAGAAAAGGAGAGUAUCAUCACAGAAUGGAAGAAGAUGGCGCAUGUUUUCGAUCGCUUGGGACUUGUACUCUUCAUCUUGGCUACUGUCAUUCUCGCUAUUAUCCUCGGGAAUAGGUUGGGUGAAGAACCUACUGAUGUCUAGAACAAAAGUUUUUUUAGGAGCAACAUACUAGAUUGAGAAGAAAGUACAACAUUAAAAGUUAAGAUUCAUAACAACAAAGCUGUUGAACCGCGUAUGAAUACUUUGGUGUAUCGGUAUUCCAUUGAGGGUGACAUUGGUGUUAGCUUGGCUCUGGUGUUAGGGCAACACGGUAUACUCCAAUGAAACUAACACUAUACGCUUUACACCAAACACAAAGUGGGAGAUAACAAAAGAUUAAAAAAAAGGAAAAUUGGUCAAAAUCGGUCUAUAUAAGAUAAAGCUGACUUCUCCUUCGACGUUAUACAUUCAUUACUAAUGAAUUGAUUUACAAAUGUAUAUAUGUUUUGCCUGCAAUAAUAAAGAUGCAUCUCCAUUAUUCGUGAAUAACAAUCGGUAAAAGGAAAUUCACGUAUAAUCACAUUGGAAACUUUUUGUCGGAGAAGAAAGUCACGCCGUGUUGGAAUUUUCUUGUUCAAUAUUUUAUAAUGCGACCAGUCUGCCUUUUUUUAUUUUAGAAUUUAGGGGCAAUUUUUGAUCCCCAUAUGGCUGCCAGUGAACUUAUGGGUCGCUGGGUAAGAUGCUAUUGUACCUACUGGACAUUUUUUUAAAUAUUUAUUCAUAGGUUUGAAAUAUAUGUCAAGAUAAACAUGGUGUCUUGUCAAUAAUGGAUCCAUUGAAGGGAGACAGUGUUAAGAAGACGACGACGCUGAAGAAGAGGAAGAAGAAGAAGGAGGAGGAGAAGGAGAAA